AUGCUGCCAUCCAAAUAUGGCAUUGCCAUUGCAACCAAGAAGAUCCAGCAGCUGUGUAUAUUUAAAAAGGUUGGGCCUUCAACUUCCCAUGAUGGACAGACAGAUGAGGCCCUGCUGAUUCCUCAGAAGCUGACACUCCACUCAGGCAUGAAUAAUCAAAGGGGUAAACUGAAUGUUGAUAUAAAUAUGCAAGUGUUUUUGAUGAAACGUGAUAUAAUAGGAGCCCUCAGGCCAGGUUGUAGCAGUGACUGGCUUCAACCGCAGAGUUGGGAACGCAAAGACUGUGAAGAUCUCGGUUUGGAACUGGAAACCAUCUCUUCUGUUCUUACACAGUUAAUGAAAGCGAAUUCCAUAGCCCAACUCCAGGUUAACGAUGCCAAUAAUAAUGAGAGGAUGAAUGUGGGGAGAGGAGAGUUUGUGGAAGGGAUGCUUAAUAUUUGUUACAAUGCUAUUGAUCGGCACAUUGAAAAUGGCCAAGGGGAUAAGAUUGCCAUCAUCUAUGACAGUCCUGUUACAAACACCAAAGCAACUAUCACCUAUAAGGAAGUCUUGGAGCAGGUCUCUAAGCUGGCUGGUGUCUUGGUCAAGCAGGGUGUCAAGAAAGGUGACACUGUGGUCAUCUAUAUGCCCAUGAUCCCACAAGCAAUAUAUACCAUGCUGGCGUGUGCAAGGAUAGGAGCCAUCCACAGCCUCAUAUUUGGAGGGUUUGCAUCCAAAGAACUAAGUACCCGCAUUGAUCAUGCAAAGCCCAAGGUGGUUGUUACAGCAUCCUUCGGUAUUGAACCCGGAAGGAAGGUAGAGUACAUCCCGCUCUUAGAAGAAGCUCUGAGAAUGGGACAACACAGACCAGACAGAGUUCUCAUCUACAAUCGUCCAAAUAUGGAGAAAGUUCCUUUGAUGCCAGAUCGUGAUCUGGAUUGGGAAGAAGAAAUGGCAAAAGCCCAGUCACAUGACUGUGUGCCUGUUCUCUCAGAGCACCCGUUGUACAUUCUCUACACAUCUGGAACAACAGGGCUGCCUAAGGGUGUGGUUAGACCCACGGGGGGAUAUGCUGUAAUGCUGAACUGGACGAUGUCUUCCAUAUAUGGCCUCAAACCCGGAGAGGUAUGGUGGGCAGCUUCUGAUUUAGGCUGGGUGGUCGGACAUUCCUAUAUUUGCUAUGGGCCUCUUCUACAUGGAAACACAACGGUUUUAUAUGAGGGAAAGCCCGUGGGAACACCAGAUGCCGGCGCGUAUUUCCGUGUGCUUGCAGAGCAUGGAGUGGCUGCCUUGUUUACAGCACCAACUGCAAUUAGAGCAAUCCGUCAGCAGGACCCUGGGGCAGCCUUGGGGAAGCAGUACUCUUUGACAAGGUUCAAGACACUGUUUGUGGCUGGGGAAAGGUGUGAUGUGGAAACCCUAGAAUGGUCCAAAAAGGUCUUCAGAGUCCCCGUUCUAGACCAUUGGUGGCAAACAGAGACUGGAUCCCCAAUAACAGCAUCAUGUAUUGGAUUGGGUAACUCCAAAACACCUCCACCAGGGCAAGCAGGAAAAUGUGUUCCAGGAUACAAUGUUAUGAUUUUGGAUGACAACAUGCAAAAACUGAAGGCUCGAAGCUUGGGAAAUAUUGUGGUAAAGUUGCCAUUACCACCUGGGGCUUUCUCGGGACUCUGGAAGAAUCAGGAAGCUUUCAAGCAUUUAUACUUUGAGAAAUUUCCUGGAUACUAUGACACUAUGGAUGCAGGCUACAUGGAUGAGGAAGGAUACCUAUAUGUUAUGUCUCGGGUGGAUGAUGUAAUAAAUGUUGCAGGCCACAGGAUUUCUGCAGGUGCUAUUGAAGAGUCAGUCCUUUCCCAUGGCACUGUGGCUGACUGUGCUGUGGUUGGCAAGGAAGACCCUUUGAAAGGUCACGUUCCCUUAGCACUCUGCGUGUUAAAAAAAGAUAUAAAUGCAACAGAAGAACAAGUUUUGGAAGAAAUUGUGAAACAUGUUAGGCAGAGCAUUGGCCCCGUGGCUGCUUUUCGAAAUGCAGUUUUUGUCAAACAGUUACCCAAAACGAGGUCUGGCAAAAUUCCACGGUCUACACUGUCUGCCUUGGUCAAUGGCAAGCCAUAUAAGGUAACUCCUACUAUUGAGGACCCCAGCAUUUUUGGUCACAUAGAAGAAGUGCUGAGACAGGCCUUGUGAUUUUUAUUUACUAUCUCCAGUCAGUCUGUCUUAAUUUUCUAGCUGGAUUUAAGUUGCUUGUUUUCUAUAAAGAAGCAGCUGAAAAGAAUUCCUUCUCAACUUAAAUGUGA